GACUUGCUUUCAACUCCCACAUUUUAUUCAUUCAGCCCGUAGGAACCCUUGCCGGCUAAUCCUCUCCCGGUUCCCACUACUCGCCGCCACCUCGUUUCGCCGUGGUCUCUCCGGCAAAGGAGCAGCUGUUCUUUUCUUCUUCUACUUCUUCUUCUUCUUUUCUUUUUAGUUGGCGAGUUUCUCAUCAGUCAUCCCCAAAGCCUUGUUUGAAAGCUCAACAAUGGACGUCGACGCAAAACCCUCUGAUAACAAUUCGUCGAUAGAAGUGGAAGCGAAGGUUAUUGGGGAAGGCAAAGAGGAGCUCGCCCAAUCAAUGGACAAUCUGAAGAUUGACGCUGGGUCUUCUUCGUCGAGUUUCAAGAAGAAGCCUGUGGUCAUCAUUGUCAUAGGAAUGGCUGGUAGUGGCAAAACAACUUUGCUUCAUAGAUUGGUUAGCCACACUCAAGCUUCAAACAUCCGAGGCUAUGUCUUGAAUCUCGAUCCUGCUGUGAUGACACUCCCGUAUGGUGCAAAUAUCGAUAUUAGGGAUACGGUUAAGUACAAGGAAGUGAUGAAGCAGUUCAAUCUCGGACCGAAUGGUGGCAUUCUAACGUCGCUCAAUCUGUUCGCCACUAAGUUUGAUGAGGUUGUUUCUAUGAUAGAGAGGAGAGCAGAUCAGCUUGAUUAUGUCCUAGUGGAUACACCUGGUCAGAUUGAGAUCUUUACUUGGUCAGCUUCUGGGGCUAUCAUCACAGAGGCUUUCGCUUCGACAUUUCCAACUGUGAUUGCUUAUGUAGUUGACACGCCUCGAGCAACAAGCCCUGUUACUUUCAUGAGUAAUAUGCUUUAUGCCUGUAGCAUACUCUAUAAGACUCGGUUACCUCUUGUAUUGACAUUCAACAAGAAUGACGUGUCUCAACACCAAUUUGCUUUAGAGUGGAUGGAAGAUUUUGAUGCCUUUCAAGCAGCACUAAGCUCAGAUCAUUCUUACACUUCUACAUUGACUGGAAGUCUAGCCCUAGUCCUUGAUGAAUUCUACAAUAACCUGAAAUCAGUUGGGGUUUCUGCUGUUUCUGGUGCCGGGAUGGACGCCUUCUUCAAGGCUAUUGAAUCAAGUGCUGAGGAGUACAUGGAGACUUACAAGGCUGAUCUUGAUAAGAGGCGGGCAGAGAAGGAGCGGCUGGAGGAAGAACGGCGAAGGGAGAAUAUGGAGAAACUGAGGAAAGAUAUGCAGAAAACAAGAGGUGAAACUGUGGUCCUCAGUACCGGUUUGAAGGAUAAUGCUGGCAGUUCAAUGGCUGGAAGGGAAGAUGAAGAAGAAGAGGAGGAGGAGGAGGAAGAUCUGGAGACGUUUAGCGACGAGGAGUAUGAUGAGGAUGCUGAUGUCAUUGACGAGGAUGAAGAUGAGGAGGUGUCUAGGUUCUCCUUUUAAGUUGUAUUUCUUGUUGCUGCUGCACUACGAUGUCAUGGACGAGUAUGACUGUAAAGAGUAGAAGUGUCAUGUUUCUGUACAAAGACCAAAGUGAAAUUGUGCUUGCAAAAAGUACUCUUUGAUGGAGGAAGUUGUAUUUUGAUAACUUGGUGAUGGUUACUUUCAGUAACAUUGUAGCUUUGGCGGAUAACACUGAUAUGGAACCGAAUCGAGUUAGCGGUUUUUAGUUCUUCCUUCUCGUUUGAGCCCCAACAAUUUUCAUAUGAUCAUUUGCUCAUUAUGAAUGUUGAUAGGCGAGUCUUGCGCCUGGCGGGUAUCUUGAUAUUCAUAUUCGUUUCGUGACAUAUUGGUUUAGAUUAGGUAUUUUUUUCUCGAAGUAUGAGUCAGAUAGGUUGAUUUAUUUGGCUAUUUAAUUUAAAGAAAAAAUACUUGAAGUAUUGAUUUUUUUGUCAUUAAAAAUCAAGAAAUAUAUUAUAAUAUGACAAUUUUGGUUAAAUUUAUUCGAGAAAUUGAUAUUAUCACCUAAUUACAAUUUUAUUAUGACUAAGAUAUUGUGUAUAAAAAUAUAUUCGAAGUAAUUUGAGUAAAAUUACGGUUGUAUUCGGUGCACUCACUUUUUUGGGUGCAUGCUACGCACCCGUCUCGUAAUCACCAUUUGAGCAAGCGGUUCAAGUCAAAACAAUGACAAUUAUCACUUGUGAUAUGAUGAGCAAGAAAGCGCAUGAUUUGCA